UCUUGAUCCAUCUUUGAUAUUGUCUAUACAUAAUUUUAUAAAAUAUGUGUAACUAUAAAAUGAAUGAAGCAAUGACUACAUCUUCAUCAUUUUCAUCUCCUUAUGAAUCCCGGGUAAACGAUCUUCUACAUCUAGAUAGUGCGUCGGCUAUUAAAAAGAACUCGAAGAAGAUCUUUUCUAGACAAUUAUCAAUGUCCGAGACUAAACGUGAUUUAGCAUGGGAACAGAAACGUCAACAAAUGCUCAUUCAAGAACGAAAGAGGGAAGAAACUAUUGCAAAUCCUAAUGACUUAUGUGACCAUGACCUUAAUGAGCUCAAAGGUUGUAUAGAGCUUGGUUUUGGUUUUGAUGAAGAAAAAGGUGGUCAAAAUCUAACUAAAUCCUUGCCCGCCCUUGAUUUUUAUUUUGCCGUGAACAGAAUUGGAAGCCCUACGAUGAGCCCACGUUGUGUAAGUUCGUCGGGAUCAAAGCUCUCUGGGUUUGGUUCAUCGUCGUCGAAAUCAUUAGAUGAAGAAAGAUCAUCAUCGGUUAGUAGUGAGGAUUCAUGGAAGAUUUGUAACCCAGGAGAAGAUCCUCAACAAGUUAAGACAAAGUUGAGGCAAUGGGCUCAAGUAGUUGCUUGUUCAGUCAUGUUGUCUGCAUGA